CAGAGGAAGAGCAGCCUUGCCAAUCACUACCCACGCACGAAGUUAAACCGUCUCAAAGAAACUACUGUACUAGCUUGCACUGAGCAAUGGCUUCCAAUGCCAGCUUGCUGGCGGUGAUCAUGGCGUGCACGCUGCUCGGUGGCCACACAUGCUACGGUGCACGCCACUUGGCCGACACCACCCCGGCGGCUUCCCCACCUGCUGCGGCUGCUGUCCCUGGCAUCCCGGCCGUGCCUACCAUGCCGACCCUGCCACCGAUGCCGACAGUUCCGGUCGUGACAGUGCCAGCUAUGCCGACGGUGCCUGCGGUGACCGUGCCGCAGGUGACACUGCCUCCUAUGCCUGUUGUUUCUUCCGUGCCCAAGGUGACCAUGCCUCCGAUGCCCUCCAUCGUCAUGCCCAAGGUGACCAUGGCGCCAAUGCCCGCCGUCGUUGUGCCUAAGGUGACGGUGCCACCGAUGCCCGCCAUUCCUUCCAUGCCCAAGGUGACCCUGCCGCGGAUGCCUUCUAUCCCGGCCGUCAAUGUGCCUAUGCCGUUCCUGGAGCCACCUCCAUCAGCGUAGGUGUGCCAUGUGCAUCGUGUUGCAUGGACGGUGCCGCGCUCUUCUUGUUUGAUCCAGUGCUAGAUCACUCGCCUCCUCCUGUGCGAAAUAUUUGUGUUCAUGUUGUAUGUUUUGCAUUUCAAGUCUCGGAUGUCAGUUAGUGUGGGUUGAUUUUAUAGGGUUGUCCCAAUUACAUAUGCGGCAUUUCUAUGUAUUGACUGAUGUGUUUAUAUUCUAUCAUUGUUGAUAUAUGUUGGAGGGAUAAAAAAACUACAAGAUUUGUGGAA